AUGACAAACAACUACGCGCAUCCCCCGCCCAUGCAGCAGCUCCCGGGCAUCCCGGGCAUCAACCUCGCCCCAUAUGCGCAAAAUGGCCAGCAGCCCCCGUUCCCUGCCUUUCCUCCUCCCGAUGCCAAUCUUUGGGCGCUCUUUCAGAGUGGCUCCUUCCCUCCAGGUGCCCCAAAUCUCCCGCCGCCGCCGCCGCCGCCCUUUCCCAACAUGGCCUUCCCCCCACCGUCGCUGCCUCCGCAGCCUCCGCAGCCGGAGCGCGUACAGAACAUCGUGGACAGUGACCGCGAAGAUGGCGAGCUGAGUGAAGGCGACAGUUCGCCGUCGCUCAUGGACAAGCUACAGCAGGAUCGCGACGCGGCCAAGCAGUUCAUCAAGCUUCUGUACAGCAACAACGUCUCUUACAAAGCCCUCGCCAAUGAGCAGCUAGAUCCUGAGCUACUGAGGGGCCUAUACCAGAGCGCAAACCUGCCGUCGGAGCCUGCGCCCAUCCUGCCACCCAAGACCAACGAUGCCGUCUCCAAUGCGCCCGCCGUCCAGCCAGUGACUCCCGUCGCGCAAGAUGCGCCCAAGUCUGUCGCGUCGCCAAGCACUCCGGGUCAUCGUCAAGAUUACAUAGCACGUCUUCAGGCCGCAAAGGCUGCGAAACAGGCCGCCGCCGCCAAACCCACCACUCCAGUCACCAAGACGCCCCAGCCUGCGACACCGCCGGCUGCUAAGCCGCAUGUCACAGACGAACAGAGAGCGCGCAACACCGAGUUGAUCAAGCAGCGCUUGGAAGCCAUCAAGGCGAGACAGAAGCCGCCAGUCACGCCCGGCUCGCAUACACCCACGAGUGCCGCCUAUACUCCAUCCUUCUCUGCCAUUCCAGGUCUUUUCAUGGGCGCGUCUUCGGCGUCCAAUACUCCUGCUCCGACCGCGCCUCAACCCGUAUCCCUACCACCUUCUGCUCCUCACACACGGCCUCUGGGCCAGUCUCCGCACGCUGACCAGGAAGACGAUUCGAUGAUAAUAGAUGUUAGCGAAGACGAGUCCAACGGCAGCGACAUGGACAUUGACGACGAUCAGCCAGCUCCUCAGGCAGGCCAAAAUUCGCGUCAGGCUCCUGGUAUCCUUCCCAACUUCCACUCCGGCGCGAUGCCAGCAACCCCAUCAGCCGCUGCUGUCGGUACCUCAGGCGCAGAAACACCCAACACAGUCGCGCGCGAGAAGGAGCUAGUGGACAAAGAGAAGCAGUUGGUGGCCAUGCGCGAGACACUCAAGAAGAAGCUCGCUGAAAAGCGAGAGCGGGAUAGGUUGGCAGCAGCUGCCAGCGCCGCGACAUCACCGUCCACGAGCCAAAAGACUUCGACGCCAGUGCCAUCUCUCCAGGCCUCCACUCCAGCUUCGCUUCCCACAUCCACGACCCAGUUUGUAUCAUUCCCGUCACAUUCAAAAGACACAAAUCGUCUUCGUCGGGCGGAGAUCCAAUCUAAGCUGCCUACCCUGGAUGCCGAGAUUGCAAGUAACGCGACCAGGAUGGCUCAGCUGACCAAGGAAUUGGCGCAGCUAACAGCGCAGAAUGAGAAGAUUGCAAGGGACAAGGAGCAGCUGACCAAGGAGCUGGAGGAUCUGGGUGUCGACACGGAGGGCAUGUCUCAUGCGCAAUUACGGGCCAAGAAAGAUGAAAUCGAAGGCGAGCAGUCUUCGGAUUCGAACUCCUCAACUAACCAAACGCAACCUGUAUCGCAGCCCGCAGUCAAGAAUGCUUCACCGGUUUCACUUCCAGCUUCAAACCAACAUACUUCAGUACCAAUGGCACUUCCUGGACUUGGACAGGACACAGUUGAGCCAGAACAAGAGACUUAUGAACCCCCCGAGUUACCAGAACAGGUCAUGCCUGUAGAAGGCGCCGUCAACCCAGCAGCAUCACAGAUACACUCUGGCCCACAGGAUUCGCCUGCCAAUGGCACCAGGACCCUGAAUCCUUCAGCGCCAGCCUUUGUUUCGACAGUUCAGCAAAACCAGAUUGAAAACACGCAAAGUGAUUUAUCGAGAGCUGAUGCGAGUGUACAAAAUGCGAUCGACGUCGCUAAGGCCAACGCCAGUGCUACCACGCACCAAGAGAUCCAGCAACCUAUCACUGCCCCCUCACCGUCAGAAGAAGGAGAAGUCGACAUGUCUGUUUCCGAAGGCGAUGAAGACGAGGAAGAAGAGGAAGAGUACGAGCCGGAAUACGAGCCAGAAGAAUCUGUCGUUAUCCCCGAAGUACCCGUGGAAGAAGAAGUGGAGGUGCAGACCAAACCUGAGUAUUCACUCGAAAGCUCGCAAGCCUCUCCGCAAGAAGAAGAAGCCUACGAGCCACCCGACAUCGACGAAGAAAUCCCGGAUGUCCAGGCCGGCGAAGAAUCCACCGCAGAUCAGUAUGAGCCCACGGCUCAAGCUGAAGCGGGAGAUGGCGCCAUGGACAUUGCUACAUCAUCUGAUGAAAGCUCUGACGAUAGUGAAUCAGACGAUGAAUCGACUCCAGAACCGGAAAUGGGGAAAUCUAUCUCAGCGUAUAACCCGCUACACCAAAACGCCAGAAUCGCUGAUGAUCUAGCGCCCGAGCUACAACCAGAGGUAACGUCUUCGGCGGCCGCUGGCGGACCUGUGCCUGAGAUGUCCGAGCAGGACGAAGAACCAGAACCAGCCAGGUUUACUCCGUACGAAAGCCCGCUGCGAAUGUUCAAGUCCUAUCGUUAUCAUCCCAACUAUGCUCAAGAUAUAAAUGGUGGCUUCCUGUCCCUGACUUUUAGUCAUCAGAUCAACCCAGAGAAGCCGCUGUGCCAGUACGAAUUAGCUGGCGGCGCAUGCAACGACCCUGAAUGUCCCGAUCAGCACUUCAGGGAAGUUGCUAUUACUGGUGAUAAAUUGCUCGUCCAGCUCGGCACAGCGAACCCAGGCAAGACAUCCGAGGAGAAACAACGUUGGAAUGACGGUCUCCGCGGCGUGCUCAAGGAACUUCGUCAGAAGAACAUCAAAGACCCCAAUGGCAUUGCCGUGGAGAUAGCGAGGUAUCGUCGUCAAUUCCUCAACGACGAUACUCGUGUCGUCAACUUGUAA